GUACAUAAUUCCGAGAAAGAAUAUUCUCAAUUUUUUUCCUCAAUUGUUACUUAUAUCAUUGAUUAACAUUUCUUCAUUUGUUUUUUUUUUUUGAAAUAUUAUCACACGUUUAAAUUCACACAUUAUUUCCUUAAUUUAUUUAUUAUUCUCCAUUAUUCCAUGCUUAUUUGGUUUGAUGAUUGAUUAUUAUUAGUUGAUUACUGUAGUUAUCUCUUCCCUUCCUUCCUUCCUUCUGCUUGUUUGUUUGUUUGGUGAAAACAAUAUCUCGUUGAUUCACUCACUCACUCACUGCAACCGCAACAUUCCGCCUCAAAAGUAGUCGAAUGCCUCUCCUCUCAGUUCCAUCCACCAAAUCCCUAAAUUCUCCAUCCCCUUUCUACCUCAAUCAUCACCACCAUCAUCAUGUCUAUUCCUUCCAAUCCAAAACCAAAACCAAAUUCCAAUCCCAAUCCUAUCCAAUUCUCUCUCUCAGUCUCUCCUGUAAAGGUCUUGGUGUCGCUGUUUCAUCUUCAUCACCGCCCGAUUCUAAGCUGAGGAGCGUUGGAUCCAAACACGUUGAUGUUGCCACUUUGGGUAAUCUCUGUGUUGAUAUUGUUCUCAAUGUCCCGCAAUUGCCACCUCCUUCCCUCCAACAACGUAAAGCUUUCAUGGAACGUUUGGCUUCUUCUCCGCCUUCCAAGAAACACUGGGAAGCUGGUGGGAACUGCAAUAUGGCUAUAGCAGCUUCUAGGCUAGGGCUUGACUGUGUAUCAAUUGGUCAUGUGGGUAGUGAAAUCUAUGGGAACUUUCUGUUAGAUGUGCUUCGUGAUGAGGGCAUUGGUAUGGUUGAGAUGUCUACUAAUGAUGAUACUGUCAGCAGAUCCAGUGCCUCUUAUGAAACACUUCUAUGCUGGGUUCUCGUUGAUCCUUCACAAAGACAUGGUUUUUGUAGUCGAGCUGAUUUUAGCAAGGACCCUGCAUUUAAUUGGCUGAACAAAUUGUCCAGAGAAGCAAAAUUAGCUAUUAAAAAUUCAAAGGUUUUGUUUUGUAAUGGAUAUGGAUUUGAUGAUUUCUCUCCUGGUUUACUACUCUCAGUAGUGGACUGUGCUGUUGAAGGUGGCACAUCAAUCUUCUUUGAUCCGGGACCACGUGGAAAGACUCUCUCAACUGGGACCCCGGAAGAACAGAGAGCUCUUAACCAGUUUCUGAGGAUGAGUGAUGUUCUUCUUCUAACAUCUGACGAGGCUGAAUCGUUAACUGGCAUAGGAGAUCCCAUACUAGCUGGGCAAGAGUUGCUUAAAAGAGGGAUCCGCACAAAGUGGGUGAUUGUAAAAAUGGGUCUUAAAGGUUCAAUUCUAAUAACUGCAUCAAGUAUAGUGUGUGCACCUGCGUUCAAGGUGAACAUUGUUGACUCUGUUGGGUGUGGAGACAGUUUCGUUGCUGCUAUUGCAUAUGGUUUUAUACAUAAUUUGCCAAUGGUUAAUACAUUAGCAAUUGCAAAUGCAGUAGGUGCUGCAACAGCUAUGGGCUGUGGUGCUGGUAGGAAUGUUGCAUCACUGGAAAAAGUAUUGCAUAUAUUAAAAUCACCUAACCUCAAUGAGGAUGAUGAGUUUUGGACUGAAAUUCUCGAAAAAAAAGUGGUAGAUCAGGAAGUAACACGUCUGUCAAAUAUUGUGUUGAAUGGAAACAGAAAUCAUCUCAACUUUGUCCCAUUUGACAAGGUUGCCUCUGAGCUCUUGACCAAGUUUGAGUUUCCACGGACAGUGGAGAAUGUGCCAACUUGAUAUUUUGUGGACAAUAGAUUGCAGCCACUAUUUAUCCACUCAUGUGAACUAACCCUUCUCUGGAUUCUCUUUACUUCUUGGCUCCGUCAUCCUCCGUGUGAAGAGAGCAAAGUUUUAUCUCUAACAAUAUUACAUUGCAAUAGCUAAUUUAAAAGGCAUUGUUAUGAGUGAGUAUAUGAGAGGUUGCUGCUAAUCAAACAUUUUAGCUGAUUUCUUUCAUUUCAGUCUCAACCAUAUUCCUUUGAUGUCAAAGGUAUUUUUCCUCCCAUAAAGGGUGAGGUCGCAUAGCUUUUAUCCUCUGCCAGAUUCCAUUUUUUGGGCUUCAUUUUUGCAUGAAUGCUUCUCAAGCAGUGAUAUGUAAUAGUCUCUAUAAUACACAUUUAGUAGUUAAUUGGCAGAGGGAAAAUUGGUUUGUAUGAAUUUCAAUAUUUUAAAUAGAGAUUAUAGAACUAGUUAGUUUAUGGUA